AUGUACGUCUACUUUGGCAAGCUCAACUGGCAGCAUUACGCUGAGAACGAGACCUUCGCUCUUGUUUUGCCCAAUGGCCCUGUCCGCACAGGCGACCCUGCCUACAUCUUCUUUCAAUGGACCAAAGACGAACACGGCAACAAAAAGUCCAACUGGUUCCAGAAUAUCAUUGUCAGCAACGCUUCCAAAACUGAGGGCGGAGAUGACAUCUUUACUCUCAAGCAUCAUCCCUACUCGUGGCAAAUCACCACUCAAUCAGCCUACAACAAACUGAAUGUUACAAUGUCGAGAGCAUGCGACUUAAAGAGCAACAUGGUACUCAGUCGAUACUGGAAGUCUCAGGGCGAGACUUCAAACGAAGCAUCCCGGGUUUGGACCGGGAAGAUCAACUGGCCUACGUACGCAGAAAAUGAAAUGGCCAUGUUCAUUGUUCCAGAGGGCUUCGGUGAAGGCAAGCCAGUUCUGUCUCUCUGGCAAUGGACUAAAGACGCACACGAACAGAAGCCAAAAGACCCGUCUUUCCGCAGCGAGCUUAUGAAAGUUGUGCCUGGGGCUGCAAAUGGCGUCAAGUUUACUUACAAGUCCUUUUACGAGCUUACCUGCACCUGGAACAAUAAGACAGAGAAGCUUGCAGUUUAUAUGCAAGGUGGCGGUGAUAGCAAAGACCUUGGAGAAUUUGCUCUUUCUGCACUCCACGACCGGCAUUCUCAUGAUUUUAACCCACCUGAAUCUGCGCCUAAGAAGGCUGAAGCCGAAUUCCGUCUUCCUCAGGUGCAACCCUCGCUUCCUCGCAUUCUAUCACCGAUGCCCUUUCCACGCACUCUUUUCGAAACCUUGACUUACGCUGCAUCUUUCGUUGAUCAAGCCGGCUAUCUUGCAAAGUGUGCUGAGGAGGCAUUCAAAACUCUUGAUGCCGAUUUCCACACGCGCGGCAACCACCUUGAAGCUUCCAGAGCUGAUGUCAAUGGGCUCAAAGAGCAAUGUAACAAACAUAUCAAAGACUUAGAUGCCCAGAAGGGUGCAUAUUCGGUGCUAGAGAAGAGGCUCGCCGACCAAGAGGCCGCAGCUAGCGCCAAGGAACGGGAGUUGAACAAAAAGAUACAAGACACCAUCAUCGAGAACAAACGACACGACGCCGAGGAUCACGAUUCGAUUGAUCGGCUGAACAAGUUACUUGCGGAAAAUCAAGCAAAGGCGCAAUGCACUGAAGCCGGUCUCCAAAAGCGUUUGACUGAAGCUCUGUCCUCCAAUGCCAAAUUGGAUUCUUUCCUAAAGGCCGCAUCGGCUGAGAACAUCAAACUGAAGGCUAAGAAUGGAGACCUUGAGACCAGCGCAAAGAUACAGCAAAAGAAUAUUCAGGCUCUCGAGGCAGAGAAUAAGCAUCUCAGGGAGCUUCUUGAGGAUAAGUCUAACAAAGAGAUGGAGCUCCGGAAUCAGCUCGUCAUUACCGAGGACCGAUUGAGGAACGAAAAGGCUGCUUGUGAGCAGCAAUACGCUGCUUUUCUGGUGGAGAACAAAAACCGGCAGAGGGUGGAUAAUGAGCGCAACCUCCUAUCGGUAAAAGCCAAUGAGUUGAGGCAAGAAAUUAAGGCCCUUCGUGAGAAGUUGAUCACCCUCAACCAUGCUCAUGAUGGGCCGUGGAAGGGAAAGAUAAUGAUACACGCAUAG